AUUGUUUAACAUUUUGAAAUUUUAACAUUCAAGAUAAACAUAAAUUUAUUUUUCAAUUUAAUUAUUUACAACAACUAUGAAUUGUCUAAUAUUAGUCACAUUGUUGGCUGGAUUGUUACCAGUGUAUCAAUUUAUGGUAUUAUCUAAUAAUGAUAAUAAUAAUAAUACAUUAGACACAACAAAUGAUAAAUUGGUGGUUCGGGCAAACAAUGAGUUUUCAUUCAAGAUAUACAAAAUGCUGUCCAAAGAUGAUAAUGAUAUUGUCUCAUCGUUUUCAAUAAUAUCAGCGUUCAGUAUACUAAUGAACGGUGCAAAUGGCCCAACACUUGACAAUUUGAAAACAUUUCUCAGAUUUCAAGACCAAUCAAAUCAAGUUCUGAGCGAUCAAUCUAUUAAUAAUGGAUUUGAGAUCAUUAAUACAAUCUAUGAAAAUAAAAGUAUGGCUUAUCGGCAGUUUAUGGCCCAAACAAAUGAGUCCAAUCGGUGGUCACACAAUAUGAAACACGAGUUCAAUGUGGCUAAUCUUGUCGUACGAAAUGAUAGUGAAGUACUCAAACAGGCUUUUGUAGACGCCAUACAACUGGCCUUCAGAGCUCAGGUAGAUAGGGCUGACUUCAAGAACAAUGCGGUAGCAGAGACUGAAAAAGUUAAUCAAUGGGUACGCAAUCAGACCAACAAUAAGAUACAGAAAGUAUUUGAUAAAAUCAAAGAGGAAACAACUCUUAUCAUUAUGAAUGCCGUCUACUUUAAAGGUAAUUGGAUUGAAAAGUUUAAUGUAGAAGACACCCGAAAAUCAAACUUUUAUAAUAACGGCGCCGACAACUCUGCUGCAUCGGUAGAUACUAUGAGUGCAACUCAUAGCUACCGAUAUCUAGACUCACAAGAAUUGAAUGCACAGAUCAUUGAAAUCCCAUAUAUGGGACGGGAAAUGAGUUUUGUUAUUGUGUUGCCUAAAGUUAGGAACGGAUUGUCAACAUUGAAGACAACUAUCAAUGCGACAAACUUUGAAACAGCUUUGAAGUCUAUGUCCAGCAAUUUUGUCCGAAUAUUGAUACCAAAGUUUAAAGUGGAGAAAGAGUAUGAUUUAAUGCAAGACGUCAACCCUAAGCCUAUUGUUUUGACUACAAGUGCUGACCUAUCGAGACUGUCCAAUACAAGUCAACAAACCGUAUCGGAAGUCAAACACAAGACUUAUAUUGCAGUCGACGAGAAGGGAACUGAAGCGGCGGCCGUUACGGCCAUUGGUCUGACCCGGUUCUCCGUCCCGUUUAUACCUCCCAAUCCCAUUGAAUUUAAGGCUGACCACCCUUUUCUUUAUUAUAUUAUUGACAAGACUAAUGGCAUGAUUUUAUUUUCCGGACAAAUCAAUAAAUUUUAAGAACAUUUAAAAAAUUAAUUAAAUAUUUACUUAUACAAUACAGUAGUAUUCUAUAAAUUUAUAAUAUUAUUGUAUUAUUAGUGUAAUGUUCUUA